AUGGCAGCCAAGCACAGGCCUUGUGAUAACUGUAACCCCUUGCCGCAGUACAGCCGGCUCAAUUCCUCCAGCCAGACCAACAGCCUCAAGGAUCUGCUGCAGAGCAAGAUCGAUGACCUGGAGAGGCAAGUGCUGUCCAGGGUGAACUCGCUGGAGGAGGGCAAGGGGGGCCCUAAGAACGACACGGAGGAGAGAGUCAAGAUCGAGAGCGCCCUGACCUCCCUGCACCAGCGCAUCAGCGAGCUGGAGAAAGGUCAGAAGGACAACCGCCCCGGGGACAAGUUCCAGCUCACGUUCCCUCUGCGGACCAACUACAUGUACGCGAAGGUGAAGAAGAGCCUGCCCGAGAUGUACGCCUUCACUGUGUGCAUGUGGCUGAAGUCCAGCGCGGCGCCCGGUGUGGGCACGCCCUUCUCCUACGCAGUGCCCAGCCAGGCCAACGAGCUGGUUCUCAUCGAGUGGGGCAACAACCCCAUGGAGAUCCUCAUCAAUGACAAGGUGGCCAAGCUGCCCUUUGUCAUCAACGACGGGAAGUGGCACCACAUCUGUGUCACCUGGACCACCCGGGAUGGGGUCUGGGAAGCCUACCAGGACGGCACCCAGGGCGGCAGUGGCGAGAACCUGGCACCCUAUCACCCCAUCAAGCCGCAGGGCGUGCUGGUGCUGGGCCAGGAGCAGGACACUCUGGGUGGCGGGUUUGACGCCACCCAAGCGUUUGUGGGCGAGCUGGCCCACUUUAACAUCUGGGACCGCAAGCUGACCCCGGGCGAGGUGUACAACCUGGCCACCUGCAGCAGCAAGGCCCUGUCGGGCAACGUCAUCGCCUGGGCGGAGUCCCACAUCGAGAUCUACGGGGGGGCCACCAAGUGGACAUUCGAGGCCUGUCGCCAGAUCAACUGA